AUGGAUUCAACGGAGGGAAGGGCCGAGCAUCUGCCGAUCGAUUUCCUCAGACUACUGUUUGUGCGCCUAUCCGCGCGCGAUCUUUGCGCGUCUGCGUGCACAUGCCGUCUUUGGGACCAGCUAACACAGGAAUGCUGGCGUGAAAAGGUGCUGCGGCGUUGGAAGCAUGGCAGCGCCCGUUGGCGGUCGUUGGUUGAGCGGGGCGAGUGGAAGCAGCUUUACCGAGCGCGUCACCUUCGCGACUGCGCCACUCGCGCUGCAGUACAAGACCUUCCCUGGCCUGUACGACGGGAAGCGGCAUUAGCGGCGCUUGUAGCUGCCGGUGACGAUGCCUUGGACGAGCUACUGGCCGCCGCCGCGGCGGCGGCAGCAGCGCCGAUACCGCCGCCGCCGGCCGUGGCGGCGCUGCGCCCUGAGCCCAGGACGGGGUGUGUGGACCCCGUGCGAAUCGAGAGCGAGGGGCUUAUGCCUUGCAGCUGUGCCGGCGGCAGCGGCGGGGGAGGGAGCGGAGAUCACCGUGAUGGCGCACAACACAACCAUUAUCAUCAGCAGCAGCAACAACAGCAGCAACAGCAGCAUGAACGUCGUCAUCAUCAUCAUCAUUGCAAUUGUGACCUGAAGCCUGCGUGCACUGGGCGACUGCUGGGUCAGCAGUACUGGGUGGAAGUGGCGCUGGCGGCGAUCCGGAAGGGCCAGGCUGCAUGUGUUCUUCAGCGGGUGGCUGGUGACCCGCGGGUCGCUGAGGAGCGGCUGGAGGUGGGGGCGCUGGCCAUCGCCCAGGCGCACUACCCCACAGCCGAUCUAAGCGGCGUUGAGGUGGAGGUGGGGGCGCUGGGGGGGGAGCUUGGGCGGCGGAUGGCGGCGGAGGGGGCUCCCCCGGGGUCUUUGCAGGCCCUCCGCAUCCUCAACAACCUUCUUUUCGGACCGCCACCACCACCACCGCCGCCGCCGCCAUUGUCAUGUACGACAUCACCAACACCGGGCACGACGCCGGCAGCUGCCGCCAAGACUGCCGUACUGGCCAAGCUUGCCGGCACCGACGGCGGACUGGGAUUUCUCGGUUGCGAUGCGGGAGAUUACUACAACCCCGUAAACUCUAUGUUGUGUGACGUGCUGGCCAGACGACGGGGCAUUCCCAUCACCUUGGCACUGCUCCAACUGGCUGUGGCUAGGAGAGGGGGACUUGGAGGGCGAUUAGAGAUCAUCGGACUGCCCGCGCGCGUGGUGACCAGGCGGAAAAUGGCGGGCUUUGGUAUUUCUAUUGAGCGGAGUGACGUGUGCGCCCUGAGCCCGGGUCGGAUGUACGAACGAAUGUGUGCCAAUCUGUACGGCAUUUACCAGAAUGGUAACGACAUGACAUGUGUACGACUAAUCCUGGAGCUGUGUGGUGCCGUGGCGGGCCAGCCGUGUUCACCGCCGCCUCAACCUUUCGAGCAGUCUCCGCAGCCGGGAGCUCCGAACGAGAUACACGCUGCACCGCCACUGGGGCGGACGGCCACGGGGGCUCUUCAAGUGCCUGGAGCUGGAAGUGCGGCAGACGGUACGGAUGAGGAACGGCGGCACCAACUGGUGGCGCACAUAUCCAGGCGGCGGCGGGAGUUGGACGACCGCCGUAGUGCCUGGCAAGCUGACUCAGUGAGCCAGAAGCACCGGCCGCCCGGAGUCUUGUUCCCCGUGGGGACCAUGGUGCAGGAGACGUACGUGGCGCAGGUGAACCUUCAGCUGCUAGUGCCCACGGCGGUGAGGUCGCCGCCGGCUUCAACACUGGGUACGGCAGCGGCGGCGGCGGCGGAGGCGGAGGCAGCAGUGCCGCUGCCGCCGCCGCGCCCUCCAAAGCCGUACGAGCAUCUUGCAGAAGCUGGCGUUACGAUGGUCGCAGUGCCGUACGAUUUCGAGUACCACAGGCAUGAGGCGGUAAUGGGUUUCGCAUUCCGACCGGGCCGUCGGGGCUCCCUCACGCGCGUCGCCUGCUUCAAACUCAAAAGGGAUAGAGGGGACUUAAUAAUAAUAACCUAA